GUUAUUGAUCGUCGACGGAGUCUCUCCCUUUUUACAGUCAGUCAGCUAGCUAACCAUCUAGUCAGCUAGCCAGCCAACAGCGCCACAAAUCAUGAUUCAUUCAGAGCAAUUCUGAUGCGAGUGGACCCACAGCAGUAGAUAGAGCAGAUAUGAAUUUAAUUACAAAUGAAAAUGUACAACCACGAUUUUAUACUCCUGGAGAAGAAAUUUCGAGUCAACCUAAUUUUUUAAGGGGUCAUGGAACUUACGUUGAUGAUGAAAAUACAUUAAGAGCUUCAGUUGCUGGGGUUUUAGAAAAAGUUAAUAAAUUAAUAUCAGUACGACCAUUGAAAGCACGUUAUCAGGGUGAAAUUGGCGAUGUUGUUGUUGGACGCAUAACUGAAGUACAACAAAGACGUUGGAAAGUUGAUACAAAUUCUAAACUUGAUUCAGUUCUGUUACUAUCUAGUGUAAAUUUACCAGGAGGUGAAUUGAGACGACGAUCUGCUGAAGAUGAACAAACAAUGAGACGUUAUUUACAAGAAGGAGAUUUAAUUUGUGCAGAAGUACAAAGUACUUUUGUAGAUGGUUCUCUAUCAUUACAUACAAGAGUUCUAAAGUAUGGUAAAUUGUCUCAAGGAAUAAUGUUAAAAGUACCACCUGCUCUAAUAAAGAGGAAAAAGAUACACUUUCACAAUUUAGAGAAUGGAGCUAGUUUAAUAUUGGGAAAUAACGGCUAUGUAUGGAUUGGUGCUAAUACACAAGAAACAGAUAAAUCAGAGGGUGGUUUUACGCAGGACUUGUCUAGAGUACCUCAAGAUAAUCGAGAAGUAUGUGCUCGCCUUCGUAAUUGCGUUCUAAUUUUGGCACAAUGUAAUAUGAAAUUAUCUGAUACAUCUAUAACAUACGCUUAUGAAGAAUCUAUGAAAUAUAAGCAAAAGUGGACAAACAUGGAUGCAUGUUUUACUGCCUUUGACAAAGAUGAAGAUGGAUUUCUAUCUGUAUCAGAAUUUAAACUUAUAUGUAGUGCCUUAUUUCGCAAUAAUCUUGGUAAAGUUUAUACACUUGAAGAAGAUCAAUUGCAAGAAAUAUAUUCAAUCUUUGAUCUAAAUAAUGAUGGAAUGAUAGACAGGGAAGAAUUUGAAAUAUGCUGGAAUCUUUGGAUUAAAGUUUGCACACGUCCAAAAAGUGCCUUUCUUAUUGUGGAUGUACAGAAUGAUUUUAUAUCAGGUUCUUUAAACAUUAAACAUUGUGCUGCACAACAUGAGGGAUUAGAAGUAAUUGAACCUAUUAAUCGUUUAUUGGAUACAGUAACAUUUGAUGCUGUAUUUUAUUCACUUGAUUGGCAUCCUGUAGAUCAUGUAUCUUUCAUUGAUAAUUUACCUUUCAGGGAAAUUGAUGAAAGCGAUGGUAUAUCUAAAGAAAUGGUCCGAGUAUAUGACAGUGUAACAUUUAAAGCAUCACCUUCAAUAAAGCAAAGGCUCUGGCCCCGUCAUUGUGUUCAGGAUUCAUGGGGUGCUGAACUUCAUAAAGAUUUAAAAAUAGUUAAAAAUGCUAUAAAAAUUUACAAAGGAACUAAUUCGGAAGUAGAUUCAUACUCCGUAUUUUGGGAUAAUAAAAAAUUAACAAAGACAACAUUAGCUUCACAAUUACAAGAGAUAGGCACCACAGAUAUAUAUAUUUGCGGAUUAGCAUAUGACGUAUGCGUAGGUGCUACUGCUGUUGAUGCAACAACAAAUGGUUAUCGUACUAUUCUUAUCGAUGAUUGUAGUCGUGGAGUUGAUUUAGUGGAUAUUGAGAAAACGAAAGCAAAUGUAAUAGCUAAUAAUGGAAUUAUUGUAAAUUCAAGUCAAGUAAAAGCUAUGGUUGAAGGAAGAGAUAGAAGACCAGAACUCGGAUAUAAACUUGCUCUGGAAAUUAAAAAGAAAUUAAGUGCCAUAAAUGAGGUUGACAAAUAGUUUGCUUCUAAUAUAAAAAUAAAAUAGAAAGAGAGAGAGAGAGAAAGAAAGAAAGAAUAUAUAAAUAUAUAUAUAUAUAUAAUAAUUGUACAGUGAAAUGUAUAAAGACUUAGUAGGCUAUAAAUGAAAAUCUA